AUGCAUGAUAUCAUGAGUAAACCAAUUGGAGUUGGAUACGCUGCUCCAUCAGUCACUACUUUCGAAUAUCAGAAUCCAGCUUAUCGAGUUUAUGAAAUUGAUCCAUACAACAAAUUUAAAAUAGUGGAUUUCACAACAUAUUCUGCUGAUCUUGAAAAGGCGAACGAGAACAACAAACCAGUUUGGGAGAAACUGUAUUCUGCAAAGGAAGCAUAUGGAAUGACGGAUUUGUCUCCGAUUUCGUGGAAUAAAGUCAUCCAAAAGCUGAUAAAAAGCGAUAAGAAACGGCAGCAGUUCUACAAAUACGCAUUCCGAAACUCUUCUCCACAUUGUGAUACCACGUGUGAACUUCAACUUAUGUGCAAUCUUCGAAUGGGUCACCACAAUUCUACGCUUUACUGUCCUACUUUUUGA